UUCUAUUGCAUGAUGGAUUUUACUUUAUGAAACAAAAAUACACGCUACUGGAUUUUGAAAAAAGAGCAAUAUACAAGCGAAACUGUGGAAAAACAAACUCGACUGCUAGGAGUGUGGUUUUUAUUGGCCAACGUUUUCUUUUUAUAUCUGCAGUUCUCGGCCCCCGGUGAUCGGAUAUGGAAUGUUUAAUAAGCUAAAAUGAAUUUAUUUUGCGAGUAAUUUAAUAAACAGUGCAGAACCAUGGAGGUUAUGUGUGAUGCAGAGGAGGAGAGUGUUAAAUACAAGCCCGGUGGUCGACUGGAUAUGAGCCACGGGUUCCUGAAGCACAUCAGGAGGAAUCAGAUCGCCAGGGAUGAUUAUGACAGAGAGGUAAAACAGGCCCAGGAGAAACAGAGGCGUAGACAGACCACCACCCCUCGCCGUCCACGAAGACCCGACCGCCAGGUCUACCAUCCACGCCAUCAGAAUGGAUCUGAAGCUGGUGUGAAUGCAGAGGACUGGAAUGAGAGCAGCUCGGGCACAGAGCAGGAGAACGCUGGCACAGAGUUAUUCUGGCUCGAUUAUCAAGCUGACAACGGGCAAAUAACAUCGCUCAUCGUUCACAAGGAGGACAAGCCGGAAGUUAUUGUGGAAAGAGUGGCGGACAAGAACGUUCUGGACUCGGCCAUGAGGGCGGCGCUGUUGGCUCGUGUGGGACUGGAAAUGGGCAAGCGGUGUGACAAAUGCUGAGAGGAAGAGAAAA